UUUUUUUUUUUUUUUUUUUUUCGUAGUCAUGGUGUUCAGGUCUCCGCUGGACUUCUUCUCCGCCUCCCGUCUCCUCCUGCCCCACAUCCCGGAUGGUCCCCCUCUCCUGGCCCGGUCCCGGUCCCCAGAGGAGCCUCCCGCCGCCUGUCCUCCGCUCGCGCUCCCCGGUCUGUGCUUCUCCGCGGCGCAGAUCGCGAGCGUGUGCGAGACUCUGGAGGAGACCGGGGACAUCGAGCGGCUGGCCCGGUUCCUCUGGUCCCUGCCGGUGACCGCGGACGGCCGGGACUCCAUCUCCGAGCACGAGUCGGUGCAGCGGGCUCGCGCAGUGGUGGCGUUCCACACCGGGAGUUUCCGUGAACUGUACCACAUCCUGGAGACGCACCGGUUCACGCGCGCUUCCCACGGUAAACUGCAGGCCAUGUGGCUGGAGGCUCACUACCGGGAGGCGGAGAAGCUCCGCGGGCGUCCUCUGGGCCCCGUGGACAAGUACCGCGUGAGGAAGAAGUUCCCGUUACCGAGGACCAUCUGGGACGGAGAGCAGAAGACGCACUGCUUCAAAGAGCGCACGCGGGGGCUGCUCAGAGAGUGGUACCUGCAGGACCCGUACCCCAACCCCGGCAAGAAACGGGAACUGGCCCACGCCACCGGACUCACACCCACUCAGGUUGGAAACUGGUUCAAAAACCGGAGACAGAGAGACCGGGCGGCGGCGGCCAAGAACAGGUCGCAGCAUCACAGAUUGUGCGCGGACAGUGCGCGUGGGCUCCUCGGAGGAGAGUGCAGUCCCGGUGGAAGCGCAGGGCGCGCGGAUGAGGAGACGCAUCUGUCGGUAACGGACAGUGACUCUGACCUGGAUGUGUAGAACUUUACAAACAAACACCAAACGGACUUUUACGGGUUCUGUGGCGGAGAUCAGAUCAGCGGGUUUGACCGGCAAUAAAUGUUCCUGUUCUAAUGCAGCUUCAUCCGAAAAAUCCUGUUUUUUUUUUUUUUUUUUUCUUGUUUUUUUUUUUUUUUUUUCUGAAUGCUGAAGCACUGUCUUUAAACCCACUCACAUAUAGUGAAACAUGCACGUCUGGAAUUUUAAUCAUUUGAUAAACCUUCA